UUUGUUGGCCUCCAUGCAGUAUUUUCUUCUGUGGUGACUGGAAUUUCACUUGGGUGUGGUGGAAAUUGUGUAAAGUGUGGCUCCCCUUUGGCUCCCCAUUAGCUCCCUGUGGUGCCUUUCUGAAAGGCAUAGCUGAGGGUUUUAUUCCUGUUUGUGUGACUCUGGCCUCAGCGCAGCGAAUGGGGUUCAGAAAGCAGAACAUUCUUGUAAAGGAAGUACAAGCAAGCGUCAUGCAGGUAUCCAGUGAGCUUGCUUUGGAAAGUCAAGCCUUUGCCUGUACUGGAACUGCAGUGGGAUGGAUAAUGUGCAAUCAUGUCUAGUUCCAGCAAGUAUAAGACUACUCAAUUAGCACUUUAUAAAUUUACGCUAUUUUCACCAUCUCUUGGAAGCAAAAUACUGAUAAAAGUACAGAGCUACUUGAAAAAAAGUACAGAACUACUACAAAAGCCAGUUCAUUUCUGUGUUCCUGGUGUGCUAAAAUAUCUUUGAUUUUGAUAUGGGGCCAUAGGCGUGUACAGCCUGAGGGCAAACUCGAGGCUUAGUUAGGCAGAGAAAAGGGGAAGGAGUAGCUGGAUGGUGCGGUUUCAACUUGGAAAGCCUCCCUCAGGUUAUCCUUCCAGGGUUUACUUUGGGUCAUGUAUACCAGAGUAAUCCUGACUACGGCAGAGCUUGAGCACUAACAGUUACUCUUUCCAGAACGGUAAAGCGUGGAGGAGGAACUUUGAUUUCCUCACAGAGUGUUAGCAAAUAUGGUUGCGGGCAUCAGCAUCUAGCUAUAAAUCAGUUUGUGCUAGAAAAGUACCCCACCCUUUCCAGUCUCUGGAAAUGAGUGUUUCCUGGAAAAUAUGCAAGUGUGUGUUUAAGGUCCUUCCCCCUUCUUUCCAGCUGUGGAAUCCAGAGAAACUGGAUUUCGUGUCUGGUUUCACUUCCGGAAAGAGAGAAACUCCUGAAUAGUAGAAACAUGAUGUUUUGAACCUGAGCAAAAAGGAGGAAAAGUAACCAACUCUGUCCUCCAGUUUGGCAGUUUCAGUAUCAGUUCGUGCUAGUGGUUGUGUUCUUGCAAAGCCAGAUAGACACAGCAGUGAGUGAAGCCUAGGAAGUAACAAAUCUUAGCCUGCUGACAUUGCUGCUGACGUUGCUUUUAGCUCUUGUUAUUUACCAAAUUCCCCUUUACACAGUAUCUUGAGUAGUGCCAUAAACACAAAUUUGUCUUUGCAGCUUUGCUUUAACCUCUUGUAUAAAGAACGUGUAACUCAUAUGUCUGCUUCCUACUGCUGGAUUUUCCGUAACUCUCAGCGGUGUACUGGUAUUUCCCAUCAGGAGUGCUCUCUUCUAGAUUUUUUGCAACUCUGCAAGUUAUUAGUCAUGACAGUGACAGUGUUACCUGCACUUUGCUCAACGAACUUCAGAGAGUAUUGGCUUUAGAAGAGCACAUGAACUGGCUUGUUUUAUGUGGAGAAAUGUGUUUCUUCAGAGAACUGGAAAGGUUUCCAAUCCUGGCUGAAAUUCUUACCUCACUUGCUUGUUCCUUCUUUCCAAAGCCUCUCUUACAGCGACUGCCUGUCCAUUUCUGCAGGAGGACAGAUAAUCUGAAGUUGCUUUGCCUUUAGGGUGUCCCCUGUACCAAGACCUCUGCACUGAGGUCUUGGAGAGGAAAGGAAGGAGGGGGGAGGGUUGAGAGUUUGAGUGCUGCUAGUAGUUCCUCAAAAUCUACAGUUUGCCGUGGCACCGAGAAAUGCUCGCAGAACCAUUGUUACUGAGCAGAGUAUGAGAACUACUCAGUAGCCAUCUGUGCCUUAUGCUAGAUACUCUUCUUCAUACUUCUCCUCCUUCAGACUGGCUUGGCAUUGCUUUGGUCUCCAGCAAUACCACUGCAGCCACAGUGGAGGAGCUUUAUACCUUUUUGCUAUCUUCUCUGGUGAAUUAAGUUCUUGGGAGAGGGGGGCAUGCGUGGGGGAAGUGCUUUCCCCCUUGUGUUCCAUAUAAAUGGGUGAGGCUGCUCUAGGAAAGAAGACCAUGUCUGCUUUGGAAUUCUUGAUAACUUGUGGGCUUUUUUUCCCAUUUGACUUGAAUGCUGGCAUCUUCUGUAAACAGAAAAAGCUGUCCAACUUCUUACACACACAGAACUGGAAAGGUGCUUAUAACUAUGUUGCCAAGCAAUACAUAGAGAGCGUGGGUAGGGAUGUGUAUUUUGAGGAUGUCCGACUUCAGAUGGAAGCAAAACUCUGGGGAGAAGAGUACAACCGGCACAAGCCACCAAAACAGGUGGAUAUAGUACAGACCUGUAUUAUUGAAAUGAAGAACAGACCUGGAAAGCCUCUCUUUCAUUUGGAACACUACAUUGAGGGCAAAUACAUCAAAUAUAACUCAAAUUCUGGUUUUGUGCGAGACGACAACAUUCGUCUUACUCCGCAAGCCUUUAGUCACUUCACCUUUGAACGCUCAGGACACCAACUCAUUAUUGUUGAUAUCCAGGGAGUUGGAGAUCUUUACACAGACCCUCAGAUCCAUACAGAGAACGGUACAGAUUUUGGAGAUGGCAACCUAGGUGUUCGAGGUAUGGCCUUGUUCUUUCAUUCUCAUUUCUGCAACAAGAUUUGCAAAAGCAUGGGUCUUGCACAAUUUGAUCUUUCAUCCAAAGAGAAAGAUGCCUUGGAUUGUAAUAAAAAAUUGAUUGAAUCCGCUCAAACGAUUCUCCGUGGCACAGAGGAAAAAUGUGGCAGCAGCCGGGUGAGAACUGUCUCUGGUAGUCGGCCUCCUCUGCUCUUCCGCCUGUCUGAAAACUCUGGAGAUGAAAGCAUGAGCGACAUAGCAUUUGACUCUCUACCCUGCUCUCCUUCCUCAGCAACUCCUCACAGCCAGAAGAUGGACAUGCUUAAUUGGCCUGUGUUCAAUGAAGUAGAUAACUUGGUUCACAAAGACUAUGAUCAGCUUGAUAACCAAAGGGAUUCUGAAAAUGGUGGAGACAGUGGGUAUCCCAGUGAAAAAAGAAGUGAACUAGAAGAUCUGGAUCAUAGAGAGAGGGGCCAUUCAAACAACAACCGAAGACAUGAAUCUGAUGAAGACAGUUUGGGAAGCUGUGCAAGGGUCAGUGUGGAGAAAUGGAAUCUCUACAACUCUUCCAGAGUCCACAUCCACAGACCAUCCUGUGUUGCCCAAGAAAUUCAGAGGCUCAAUGCACUAGAACUUGAAAAGAAAAUUGGGAGGUCAGUCCUUGGGAAGGUUCAUUUGGCCAUGGUUCGCUAUCAUGAAGCUGGGCGUUUCUGUGAGAAGGACAAGGAAUGGGAUCAGGAGUCAGCCCUGUUUCACCUCGAGCGUGCUGCAGACUGUGGGGAGCUGGAAGCCAUCGUGGGAUUAGGACUCAUGUGCUCUCAGCUGCCACAUCACAUUCUUUCUGAGGUCACUCUGGAGGACACGAGGGAGAACAGAAAUAAAGGAUUUGAUUACUUGAUGAGAGCAGCAGAAGCUGGAGACCGACCUUCCAUGAUUCUGGUGGCAAGAGCAUACGAUACAGGCAUAAAUCUUGGUUCAGACAGAGUACAGGAUUGGAAGGAGGCGCUGUACUGGUACAACGCUGCACUGAACAUGACCGACUACGAUGAGGGAGGUGAAUAUGAUGGCACUCAGGACGAGCCCCGGUAUCUGCUCCUGGCCAGGGAAGCAGAGAUGUUAAUGACGGGAGGGUUCCAAUUGAAUAAGGAUCCACAGAGAUCAGGUGAGCUGUACACAGAGGCAGCAGAAGCAGCGAUGGAAGCCAUGAAAGGCAGACUGGCAAAUCAGUACUACCAAAAAGCAGAAGAGGCUUGGGCGAUGAUGGAAGAAUAACACUGCAAUUAAGCAGUUCUUGUAUAUAAUUUUUUUUAUAGACUUGCUGCAUUUGCAGCUAAAAAGAUCUAUUUUUAUGUCACGUUACCAGGUUCUUUUUUCAUAUUUUAGUUUUCUAAUUUUUCUUUAAUGGGAGAAAUCCAAAUGUAAGUGGUAUGUAGGGUGCCAUAGCAUACUUCUGCUAGUGUUUUAAAGCUGUAAUACAGACACUUGUGCUUUUGUGCUUUUUUAGCUGUUUAGAACUGAGGGGCCUAGUUUUCCUGAAAAAAAAAAAAAAAAUAUUUGAAGCUGAUGUUUAGGUUUCACAUGUUCUGUUUUUUACAGAGCAAAUGAUUGGUGUGUUUACAUUUUUCUUCUCCUCCUUGCAUACAGAAAAACACCUUCCUAAAUUUUCACUGUUUCUUCAUCGGUUUUGGUGUAUCUCACCAAGUUUGCAUGUGAAUGUACAUUUUAAAUUUAAGCAUGCAGCUACUAAUUUUAAUAAGUAGUCCCAGUCUAGGGACAUUUCUGUUACUCUUCUCAAACAAAUUCCAGAUAGAAUCCUUACAGUUUGGGGAGGGCCUGGAUGAUGCUUCAGAUUGCAGUGAGGAUAAUCAGGGUGGAAUAUGUUUUAUCCAUUACCAAGAUGGCACAUUUUUCCAUCAGAAAAUUGCUGAUGUUCCUGGUGAGGCAUCCAGCUACCUCUCAUUUUCACAUUUUGCACCAUAUAAGCAGCUAGUUGUAUAAAAUUCUACUGAUCUUAUGUGAUAUUUGUUCAAUGAUGUACAGUACCAAGAUCUGUAAUAUGUGGGUAAUUUGAAGUUACUUUUACAGUGACAUCUCAAUUCUCACUGAAGCUAGAUAAUCUCACUUAAAAUGAAAAUAUACUUUCUACUUUCUACCAUUUCCAGAGGGAUGUUUGAAAAGCUUAGAGGAUGUUGAUUCAGCAAUUUCUAUGUAUAGAAAAUAAUUUAUCUGGUUUAAAUAGCUUUUAAAAUAGUGUUUUAUCUGCAAAUGGUAUCAAACACUAGUUAGAAAAAAUCGCUGUUUAAAAAAUGCAGUAUUAUCCCCAAACACUUGAAUUUCUGUGUCCUGUUUGCAUAAUCCUAACCAGUAACGGGAGGACAAAUACAUGGUGAUGGUUGAAUUAUCAUUGCAUAGAGGUAAGUUUCUUCCAAAUCCAGUGUUUUAUUCCAAAGCGGCUGUGCCAUCUGUAUGGAUAGUACAGAAGCUAUUCCUAUUUCUUGGUCAUGGUUAACAGUCAUGUUUUGCAGGAGAUUAAGAUGGAAGCUUUUGCCCUCUUGGCCUUACAGUCUCCUGGGGGUGUAAAUUGAUCUGAAUAAGGGGCAGCCCCUGUGAAUUGCUGAAUGACCUGUAAUGCUCACCAGCCUCACUUUAGCUGAGCUUUUAAAAGCAUGCUUAAAACAAUGCAGCCUGCUAGAUGAUGCAGUUGAUUUCAUUGGGACUUCUUGGAUGCAUAGCCCAGUAAUACUAAGUUCUUGUAAAAUCUAGAAACGGUUCAAGGAACAGAAAUCAGUUCUUUCUUACCUGGAUGAGUACCCACCACUGGGCUCCAAACUCGUGCUCCCCAUUUACUCUUUCUGACAAGUGGAUCUUGAAUUAAUUGUUUAAACAGCAUGAUGUUAGUAACAACUGCCACCAUCUCCAAGGGGUGAUAUCCUGGUGGUUAAGGACAUGAGGUGGGAAGAUUUGAAUCCUUUCUAGGAGAGAAGGAAAAGUUAUCCUUGGGUGUUGUACUUCUAGGUGGGUGCUAUAACCACCAGGUAGUUGUAGCCAUGAGUAGCUUUGCAACACAUGGCCGCAUCUUCUUGUGGUAUGAUGUAGGGUGUGUGGGAAAGUAGUGCUCAUGACCUUUUUAUUUUGUUUUUUGUUUUGAGAGUGAAGGUGAAGGUCUUCACCUGUUAAUGGAGGAAUGCCUGAUUUCUAGAUCUUAGUUGGGCUUAGGUAGGUAUUAAGCUAGGUACUGAAAGAACCAAAUCCCUGCACCUAAUAUGCUAAAACAGAACUAGAGUUUGUAAGACAGCAAGUGAGGUGGAUGUUUUAAGUGCCUAGCCAAAGUUCUGGUUUAGGUGCCUAAGGCCUCUUUUGGAUGUGGCCUUUUUGCUUUUUCAGUUCAUAGCAUUAAAAUAUCAGCUCUUAAUGAAAGGUGAAUGUGCCAUUCGCCUCUGAAGACAGCUGAAUAGUCAGUGUUUUGUGCAGAACCAAUACAGUGUAGGCCCUACAAAAAAUUCAGACACAAGGAUCUGUUUUCCUCAUAAUGUAUCGAUGCCAACUCUUUUGAGAUCUUCUUUGAUGAGAAAACAUGUUUAACACUACCACCAACCAUGUAAGGAGGAGAGGAGUGUGCCCAUCCAAAAUGUACACGUAAAGGAUGUAGAGUGUAAUUAUUGAUACUUUUUGUUGUAGGUUAAUUUGCUAAAUUCAGUAGUUGCUAAAGCUGCUGACAGUUCGCUGUAGAUCUGAUAUGUAAAUAUGCAUGCAGCCCAGUGAAAAAAUUAUGAUUAAUUCUUUGUUUGCAAAUACUACUUUUUUAGUGAUGAAGACUACCUUCUGUCCUAAGGUGGUAUCGUUAGUUAGCUAUACAACAGAAAUGUCAAUAAUUUGAAAAUGUAAAUUGUUUACAGAAAUAUGCACAACUUAUUCUAUUACAUUUUUUUGAAGAGGAAAAAGUAAAUAUUUGACAUACGUUUGGAAUUAUAUUGCUAUAUGCUAUUGCUGUAUUUUUAACCUAUUCACAAUGAAUAAAUAAAAAUCUGUAUUUUUAAAAAAUGUUAAAAUAAAUCUGAGACUUGGCCUGCCAGAAUUUACCCAGUUUCAGAGUUUCAGGAUGUCAGUGGGAAUAUCGCUUGGGUAAGGACAGUGAGAUAGAAGCCUUUGUUUGUAUGUCAGACAUGCAAAUACUGAUUGCCUGCAUCACUCGGUUAUCUCAUUCACUUUGUCUGGUUUCAUUAUGGCUAGUCAAUAAAGUUACUCUUUUUGCCA